UCUUUUUUCCAAAGUAAAAUUCGUUCUUUUCUUUAUCUCUGUAACUGUAGACGUCUGUCGGAAGAUUCUUUCCGGUUUCCAUUCCUUUUGUUCGAUACCUUAAGCUCGCGCGUGCGGUUUUAGGGUUUGCUGGACCUUUCGAAAUCUCUCGCAGGUUGCUGUGUUUGGACUUGGGACAAACUUGGAGAUUAACACAAAUCAUCACUUGAGUUUUCUGAAGCUGAUGAGUAUGAGCAUAUAGUCUUCUUGUAAUGUCUAUAACAUGCAGACAGAGUUACAGGUCUCUUUGGACUCUGAGUCACGCCUUCAUCCAGAGAAUAUCUCCUUUCAGGAUGGGGAUCCUGAUUUAACCUUAUCCACCACAGAUGAUGUUCUGGCAAAGAAGCCUGCAAAAAGACCAACACGGCAAUGGGCUGCCUGGACACGUCAAGAGGAGGAAAGUUUCUUUACUGCAUUACGACAAGUCGGCAAGAAUUUUGAGAAGAUCACUCGCCGUGUCCAAAGUAAAAACAAAGAUCAGGUUAGGCAUUAUUACUAUCGACUUGUGAGACGUAUGAACAAGUUGCUUGGUCCAGGGCUGUGUUUGGAUGCCAAGAACUCUAAAGAUACUAAUGCUGCAAUGCUUCGAUGGUGGUCCUUACUAGAAAAGUAUAGCUGCAAAGCCUCCAAGCUUCACUUGAAGCCUCGAAGAUUUAAGAUAUUUAUAGAAGCCUUGGAGCACCAACUCUUGAAAGACCGGAGGAAGAAUGUAAGGAAGCGACCUUCCCAAGGGGAGAACUGUUUGCCUCCUACUCCAAGCACUUUAUCAAACCAAAAUAGAGCAUCAGGACAAGAUGCUCGCACAGUUAAACUUGUUCUUGUAGAUAGUCAAAACAUUCAAAAAUUAGGAUCUGGAAAAACAUUGAAGCGCAAUACGAAUGUGGGUGUUAACCAAGUAACAACAGAGGGGAGUUCCACGAUGAAACCCGCCAGGCAACGACGGAAACCUGGUGUUAUCUCAUCAGCUGCAUAUAAAAAAUGGGAAAAGGCUGCAAUUGCUGGGGUUUCUUUAGUUGCUGAUGCUGCUGAGCAUUUGGAACGGGCCGCUACUGAUAAAGAGGUUGAUCACGAGCCAAGUGUUGCAGGCCAAAAGGAUUCUGAUCCCAUUGGCAAAGUUGUGUCUCCUCUGGCUACUUUUUCGCACAAUCUUUUUGUUGAGAACAAUAUGCUCACUUCUAUGAAACUCAAGCUCCAGUUAUUUCCAAUUGAUGAUAUUACUCGGAGAGCCUUGGAAAUGGAUAAGCAUAAUCCGUUCCUGGAGCUCACUCUUAGUACCCGGAAGAAGAUAUCUUCAGUUUUAGAACAUCUAAAUCGCAAAUGGGGCAGUUCAAGUGUGGCAUCUGGAGAGCUAAUGCUUUUCCCUUAUAGUGCUCAAGGGGAAAACCUGGUGGGUUGUCAGAGUUGGACACAGGAUUCUGUUGUCAGUGCUGCUGAUGUAUAUGGAAUGCUAGGAAGGCCUCCAGUUUUCCGUUUAAAGUAUGGUUGGUUUUCCAAUACCGAGCCUGGUUCUGCUGCAUUGCAAGCUCCUUCAGCAUCAUGCUGCAUUCUCAGUGAACAUAACAUGAACGAUGACAAUAUAAAGGAGAAGAUCACAGGUUCAGCACCCAUCUCCAUGCCAUCUACUAAUGUUCAAUCUGUGGAUCUCUAUGAGGAUCAACAAACCUCAGGGAACAAGAACCAUGUUCUCCCUCAUGCUUCAACUGAUGUGCCCAGUGAGAUGAAUAAGUACACUUGCAAGGGUCCAAACCAUAACCUUGUGGAGUCUGAUCGUGCAACUAAUAUAUCUUGGCACAGAAAGGAGGCGGCUGGGGAUGGGACUAUCAUGAGACAAUCAGAACAUGUGGAUGACCCGAGAUUAAGCGCUGGGACUGCACUAUCAGCUGGGGAGUGGGCUGAUACCCUUACCAACAUAAGCAUUGGAGAUCUACUUUUAGGAGUUUCUCACGAUAUUGAUGCUAAUUGCAUUGACCAACCUGUUGCUGAAAGCUCUCAGUGCCUUCAGCAGAUUCCAUUCAGUUGUGAUUCAUUUGAUGCUGCUAUCGCUGCUCACAUAUCUAAGCAUCAGGACAAGAUAGGAUAUCAACCAACUCUGUCAUCCCAUGCAUGUUCCAUCUGGGAUGCUGAAGAAACAUGUGAUGCCUUCGCAUUUAAAAAGAACCCUGUUCUGUGUCAGGAGGAUCCAAGUUUAUCCAGAGUUACUUCUCCAGGGGCCUGCAAACAGACUGCCAGAACAAGCUUGGAGGGCACUGGUUGUUUGGUUGAGGAGUUACCUGAAGUAGAGAAACCUGUGGAAAACUCUGCACAAGGAGACCCCGAGGAUGAGUCUGAGUCUGAUCCACACAUUCUGGACAAUUCGGCAAAGGAUUUCAGCACACUAGCAGAUAUAUAUUGGCCUGAUUCUUUAGGACCGCUGGAUCUGGAUAUACCAUCUUCUAAAUACCAUAAUGAAGAUUUGAUUCUAAGUGAUAGCCUCAGCGGCUUGAACCGUCUCAUAGCCAGCAGCCUGGAUGCAUUCCAAAAUUGCUCAUUUUUUGGGUUGGAGAAGAAAGAAUCAGCAGCGGCGGAAGCCCGAGAAGCUGCCUCCUCCUUUUCAAAUUUUAAGAUUGGCAGUGGGGUUUGAGCUUUUUUAUGUUUGGAGUUUAGUGAGGAUAAUCAUUUUCCAUGUCCCUGACUUGAGAGGUGCAGGUGGAAGGGGCUGUGUACAAUUCCGGUGUUGUGGGUGAAGUUUAUCAGAGAGUCUUCCCCAAUUGUACAAAAUUAGACAUGGAAUAACUUCCUUCAUACAGUUCUGUAAUUCCAACGUAUAUCUUUUUGUUAUCUGGCUGUAUAUUAUAUUUUCAUAGAUGAUGUGAGAAAAUGUACAAUCCCAAUAGACAAGAAGAACAAAAUCAUCUGAUCUGACCUCCUGAUAUGUUUGAUA